AUGAAUAUGUUUACGGCUCGUAAAGAUUUUAAUGAUUACAAAAUAUGUAUGCAAUCACAUUUGAAUAAAGAUAUAGCUAAGGAAAAGUGUGAGCUUAAAUUGUACAAGGCCAUAAAUUCAACAUCCCACAUAAUAUCAAGGGAAUGUCUUCCUUAUACAGAAGACCUACAAAAAUGUUUUAAGCAUUCAUUUCGUUUAAGUUUUUGUGAUAAAGAAAUUAUGGACAAAUUGAAGACGUGUCAAUCAGACGUAUACAAUUUAAUAACUUCAUAA